AUGGGACCUCAGGCAAUGACAGGUUUGCUGUAUGUAUCCCGUCGCGCGCUGGAGUGUCUGGCUGCCCGUCCCGAUAUGAAGGACAAAGGCGGGAAAGCGGAAAAACGGUUGUGCAACGCCCCAGUCAUUUUCGGCCCUGACCUAGAUGGGUCCCAGAUGAGAGAAAGAAAACUGCCCCUCAUAUAUGCGGGAUAUGUGUUUAAGUGCAAGUUUCAAGCCUGGAGGGGCAGAGCGAGUGCAUUUCGGCUGGCCUAUUCUGUGUGCCAAUGUCCCACUGCAUUCCUUGCCCUGCUUGAUACAUAG